AUGGCCUUCCCCUACAUCGACACGCCACGCACCGAAAUCGACGGGAACGCGACUUACCUGACCAACGGCUUUCGCAGCGCGGGGCGCACGCAUCUGUCCGCGCUCGACUCGGUCGAAAACUCCUUCCACACGCCUUCCAAGGACAAUGACGCUCUAAAGGGAUUUGAUCAUGGCCGGCGACGCGCCUCCGGGGCCACCAAACUCAACACUCCACGCGCCGCAGGCCCCAAGUCGACGAGAAGCGCGUUAAGGCAUCUACCCGCUGCAGCGCCAGCCAAGGGCGAGUUCACGCCGUUGAUGAAGAGCGCGACCAAGAACAAUUAUCUCAAGAACAUAUCUACAGCCCGGGGGACGGACGGACCCAGAACUCCGGCCUACAUGCGAGAGGGAUACCGGAGCAACGGCCACACGCCGGGCCUACCUGCCAUGGACAUGUCUGAUAUAUACGAGGAAGACGCGACAAUUGAUGAUGCCACGCCAGUUCCUCAGGCUGUAAGUAGCAGCGCGCAAAGUACACCACUCCCGGCACUUCCAGGACGCGACGGGAUAGGAUUACUGGGUGAUGGGCAGAAUAUGAUGACUCUUAAAGAGCAGGAGCGGAUCAUUGAUAGGCUCGACAAGGACAAUUGGAACCUGAAAUUGAAGAUCCACUACUUGGAAGAGCAGCUGGAAAAGGCCGGUCCAGAAUACAACAGCGCGGCACUAAAAGAAAACACCGAGCUCAAAGUCCUACGGUUGACGAUGCAACGAGAUAUCUCUCGAUAUAAGAAGAGUCUCGUGCAAGCAGAGCGCGACCUCGAGGAUUAUCGUCUGCAGCUCAUGGAAAUGAGGGAGAAGGCCCGGCGGAAACAAACAGACGAGACAUUUCAGCGCGAGAUGGAUAUGCUACGAGAAGAGGUCGAAUCGAGGGACAACCAUGUGAAGGAGCUGCGAGAGGAACUUCGACAAGCCAAGGACCAACAGUCUCAGGAGAUCGACAAGCUUCGAGACGAAAUUGAAGACCUGGAAGCCAUGCUUAGGGAGAAGGACCGGGCCAUCGAAGAGCGUGAUGAAAAGCUUGACGACUUGCGCGACGCCGACAAUGAGGACGGUGCGGUCUCGGAACUUCAGGCCGAACUAGAACGCGCAAAGAACCAAGUGCAAGAACUUCAGGACAGCCUCGACCAAGCCAAAACAGAAGCCAAGGAGGCAGCUGAGGAGGCACAACUGGCAGAAAGGGAGAAGGAACGCGCCGAAGAUGACCUGAGAGAGUUGCAAGACGAGAUGUCCAACAAGUCUUUCACGACCAAGGGGCUUAGUCGUCAGCUGGAAGAGAGAGCCGACAAUCUUGAAGAGGAAGUGCGCAACCUCCGACAAGAAAACGAUUCCCUGAAGGCCGACGUUGAAAGCAAGACACGGUCUGUGACUAGCCUGGAAGAGCGCCACCAAAAUAUCCAACAGGAGUUGAAGGGCGAUACCCGCAAAUUGCUGGACGACCUUGACUCCAUCAAACGCGACCGGGAUUUUGCACAGGAAGAGCGCGAGAAGUUGACUGCACGGCUCCAUGAGGCCCUUAACGAAAUACAACAAGCAAAACAAGAUAAGGAGCUCCUACAGACUCGCCACCAAACAUCGACGGAUGAAUUGGACGGGUUGCAACAUGAACUCGUCCGCGCGCAGGGGAAAAUUCGCGAACUCCAGCAGGCUGUAGAGGAUCACGAGGGACAGAACCGCUGGAAUCACAAAGAGGAGGUUGACCGACUGCAGGAUGAGAUUGAAUCCCUUCAGCACGAGAUCGAGGACAAAGAAGGCCACUUUGCGCUUGAGCACGAUCGCUGGGAAAGCACCAAGCGAACCCUUCAGUCACAGAAAGAUCGAGCAGAAGAGCAGGCAAACGGCUACAAGCGAACCAUCGAGAGGCUCCAGGAAGCAGAGCACACGCUUUCAGGGAAAGAGAUCCACCUUCAAGAAGCUAUCGACAGCGAGAAGCAGCGCCACACGCGAGAAGAAGCCGUCUUGGGCCGUCAAAUCAAGGAUCUUGACGAUGACCUCGCAUCGAAGAGACGCAUUAUUGAUGAGCAACGAACCGAUCUCUUGAAUGCGAAGGAGGAGCUGCGGAUAUCUCACCGUGAGGAGCAAUCGCUCAAAGACAAAGUGCAAGCUUUGGAGGAUGAGAUUGUGGUCCUGCAGACAAGCCUGGCAGAUGAGCAAGAAUAUGCCAAAGGCCGGCUACAGAAAGGAUCUUCUGAUGUGGAAAAUCAACUGCACAAGGCAAUUGCGGACAGACAAACCCUCCGUGAUCAGCUUGCCAAUGCUCACAUCGAACUGCAUGACCUCCGAACAUCGGUGAACGAACUCGAGACUGAACGGGACGAGCUCCACGCACAACUCGACCGGGCCCGGCAUCCAGAUGAUUCCAUCCGGUUUGAUCGUGAGAAGCUUGACCUCCGGAAGUCGACAGCACGACUUGAAAGCGAGCUGAAGAGAUUGAGAGAUGACAAAUCGGCGCUCGUGCAAGCAAAGGAGACACUUGAGAAGCAGCUUAGCUCGGAGAUCGAACGUGCUACUGCGGAAGAGGGUCGACUGUCAACUGAAAUCGAUCGUCUUCAGGAUAAAUUGCGCACUGAAGGUGGGGAUCGGGCACUCACCCUCUCCAAACAACGCCUCGAGCGUCGCGUCCGUGAACUGGAAGCACUUCUGGAGCAGCAGCCACCACUCGCGGACAAUGAACAGUCACAUGCAGACCUUUCUCUCCUUCGCCACAGUCUAGAGGACGCUCGACAACGCGAAAAGAUUCUUCUCCAGCGUGAAGCGGACCAAAAGACCUCAGCACGUAACUUCAAGUUGCGUGUCGCAGAGCUGGAGAAGGACCUCCAUAGUGCAUUGAUGAACAAAUACGAGUUGCACUCCCCGCAGAACUCGCCGUCUGACAAGCUGCACGAGGAACUGCGCAGUCUUAGGAAGAAGCUUUCAGAGGCACACCGGGCCUUCAAGGACAUCAAGUCCAAGAAUCGGGACCUGGAACGCGCCGCCAUGAAAGAGGAAGACCAGAAAGAUCUACAUGAACUACUGAAAUCGUCAACCCUCGAGGCUGAAGCCAUGGCACUCCAGGUGUCUGAGCGGGAUGCACGCCUGAACGAGUUGAAGACUCAAGUCCGCCGGAUUCGUGAGGAACGAGCUUUCUGUGUCCGCAAGGCCGAAACCGCAGCCAAGGAGCUGGAAGCUCUUCAACUACGCUAUGAUGAGGCUGUAGCCAAACCCCCCACUCCCAGCAAGUCCCGAUACGAGAAGGAGAUGCGCGGUCUGGGCAAAGAGAUCAUCUGGCUCCGUGCGCGGCUGCAACGCGAAGAGAAGUUCCGUCGCGACCUGGCCUGGAGUAAGGGUCUGAUGGAGCUGGGCGAGCGUGUGCGAGUUGCAUGCAACGAGGCCGAUCUCCGCAUGAUCACCGAUAUGGGCGUCCAAGCUCGAGACCGCAAGCAAGUCCGCACGCCGCGUCGGAAACUGAGGACUGCCGUUUCUCUAGUUGUCGCCGCUGUACGCAUGAAGCGGAUGGGCCAGGAAUGGAGACGGACGAAGAAGCUGGGCGAGGGGUUGAAACGGGCGAAGAGCGAGCUGCUAAAACGACGCGAGAGCUCGGGUGGUGGCCAGUUGCUUGCAUGA